UAUAAACACAACAUCUUAGUCCAAAACUAAAACAUUGUAUUCUUUUCCACACACCCUUAAACUUGUGUUAAGAAGAUGGAAUGGAGAAAAUAUUAUUUGGAUAUGUUGCUUGUGCCAUUAGGGUUUAUGAUAAUAAUUGGUUAUCAUGUUUGGUUAUGGCACAAGGCUCGAACUCAACCUGCUUCCACCAUCAUUGGAAUCAAUACUCAUGGAAGACGAUCUUGGGUCCCUUCCAUGCUCAAGGAUAUUGAAAAGAAGAACAUCCUAGCUGUUCAAACCCUACGAAAUCUAAUAAUGGGAUCAACACUUAUGGCAACAACCUCCAUUCUUCUCUCGGCCGGUUUAGCAGCAGUAAUAAGCAGCACAUACAGCGUGAAGAAGCCUCUAAACGAUGCGAUUUAUGGAGCUCAUAGCGAAUUUAUGGUAGCACUUAAAUACGUGACACUUUUAACAAUAUUUUUAUUCUCGUUUUUCUGUCACACUUUGUCCAUUAGGUUUUUCAACCAGGUGAGCAUCCUAAUUUGCACACCACAAAAUGUCAUGUCGUAUGUUGUGGUUACACCUGAAUAUUUGACUGAACUUUUGGACAAGGGAAUUGUUUUGAGCACGGUUGGUAAUAGGCUUUUCUACUCGGCUUUUCCUCUUUUGCUUUGGAUCUUUGGACCUGUGUUGGUUUUCUUGUGUUCUGUUGCUAUGAUUCCUGUGCUUUAUAACUUGGACUUUGUUUGUGGGAAUGGAAAGGGAAGUGUUGUGAAGAUUAAUGAGAAAGGUGGUGAAGGUUAUGUUUGAUGUAAUUUAAAGUUAAUAGGGGCAGGUUUUAUAUCUCUAAACUUGUUGAUAAUUUGUAAUUAAGUAUCUGAAUUUGAACUUUAUAUAAUCUGUAAUCAAUCGGUUACAACGUUAAAGUUAUGAAUAUUUUCUUUUAAAUUUCUUUUAAUAUAAA